AACAAGAAAAGCAAAACAUACAAUUUGGUUACUCUCAGUAAGACAGACAGACAGUGCAGAAGGUAGAAACAGUGAAGGAUAUCAAUAUCACCCAGCCAAAUAGUACACCAUGAUUAACAUAUUGGAUUGAACCAUUAUCAUCAACAUUUAUCACAAGGGAAAAAAAAAGAUUAUGACAGGAUAAGAAGACAAACCACCACUGUCGUGCUUUGCUACACGUCUCGGCAUCAUGUUGAAUUCGACUAAUGCUACAAGCCAGUGUCAGUCAGACGACAGGCUAUGCAGAGUAAAAGUACACCAACUGGAACUCAUAGUGAUUCCAGUGCUGCUGCUGGCAGCAUCCUUCUUUACGGUUCUAAGUCUGUGUUUACUGAAGCUGUGCGAUAAGACCGAGAUCAUACAACAUCAUCCCCAAAGACAACACUACAAUAGGAGGAGGCAGCACCUGCAUGGCAUUGAUGCACCUCCAGAGCUGAACCCCUUGGAAUAUGAAGCUGUUCCGAUGAGAGUCAAAACUCAGAACCGCAAGCCCAAAACACAGCCUGCAGAACUGCAGUUGUCCACCGAGAGGCAGCAUUGUAUUGAGCAAAUCACCCCACUGCCCCUGUCUUUCACAGUAAAGCCAAACAACACAGUCACGCUCUUCCAGGCCACUAUGAACCAGAAGCCAGUUGUCCUACGAGUGCUGAAUGAAUCAGCUGAUUCCAGGGAGCGCAAAAUCUUCCUGGGCUUUGCCUACUUCCUAUCAGAACUGGGGCCCCAUCCAUGCCUUCCCAGACUACUUGGGGUGAGAGAUAGGGCACCCCUUGCUAUGAUUUUUGAGAAGCUGGAGAACAAAGAUCUUCUAGGAUUCUUAUGGAGAUACAGAAAGGCCCACCCAGGACUGGUGGCAUCAUAUGCUUUUACAGAAAGAGUGCUUUUCUCAAUGGCAAGACAGAUCGCAUCUGCACUGGAACAUCUACACAGUAAGAACUUCAUUCAUGGCAACGUUUGUGCACAAAGUGUCUUGGUUGGACGAGACCUCUCCGUAAAGCUUUGGGGCUUUGGCCCAGCUUUUCAGAAGAGGAUGAAGGUGGGAACUUCAGGGGAGAUGAAGGACAUAGAGAUGAAAAAAUGGCAAGCUCCAGAGGUGUUAGCCCAUCAGCCUGUCAGUCAAAGCAGUGAUAUAUGGUCAUUUGGUAUCUUGCUGUAUGAAAUGGUAACAUUAGGGGACCCUCCAUUCCCUAAAGUAAUGCCCAGUGAACUCCUACAUUACUUACAGAGAAGGAAAACCCUAAAGAAACCAACCAACUGUUCCAAAUCACUAUACUCCAUCAUUCAAGCAUGUUGUCAGUGGAGACCACAAGACCGAGCUCCACUGAAAGAGCUGAUUUCAAUGCUCCAAAUAGCUGAGAGGCAUGCCAAUGACACGGUGGUACUUCAAGCAUCUGAACCACUGGACAUUGAGAAGUACAUGCGGGAAGCGGGCUACGGAGAGGCUUACAAUUUUGCUCUAAUUUAACAGGAUCAUUUUGAAAGUAGUUGACCUUCACAUGAAUUAUCUCCACAUAACUGUAAAAUGAACACAUAUUUUUGUAGGCCUAAUGUUGUGAUAUUCAUACUCUGUGGCAUGGUCUGCUGGGGGGGGGUGCACAGGAAUACUGCAGGGUGGGAAAACAAGGAGAACUCAUUUUUAGUUUGGUAACUUGUUUGGUAAUAACAUAGACAUCUGAAAUAAAUUUACAUAAUGCAUACAUCUGGCAUCCAUUUUAAUUCUCUCAAAUCUAGAAUUGGCCAACAACAACAACAAACAAAUCUGUAGGAAUACAUACUUAAGCCAGAUCCUGUAAAGGACCACAUCAAAAUCUGUUUCAUAAUGUGAUGUUGUUAAUCAUGACUCACAUAUUUUAUAUACUCAAAGCUCAGAUCUUAACCUCAAAUAAAGAAAAAUAAACCUCCUGGAAUAUCUGUUAAUAGUUUUCCAUUUAUGUUGUUAAACUGAAUUUAAGGGGUAUUUAAUUUUGUGUGCUGGCACGGUGGCACCUCACAGCUCCUGGGUCCCUGGUUUGACAUAUGCUUGUGUUGGGUGUCCCAUCUGGAGUGACUUCUCCUGCCAGUGUCCCCAGGAUAGACUCCAGACCUGUCCAACCCUCACCAGGAUAAAGUGGUUACUAAAGAUUAAUGAUUCAGUGUUAUGUUAUGUUAUGUAAAAGUAAAAUAUAAAAAUACUUGAAACAUUUUAGUUUACAUAUAAUGAGUCUAGAAUAUAUGAAAUUUUCACUUACUUAAAUAACUGAUGGAAAAUAUUGAACUAUUUCAUG